GCAAAUAAGCGUUUGCAGCUGUCGGAACUCUGUCUCUCUCUCUCUGUCUCUCUCUCUCUAUUCAUUCUCUUUUUUAUCAAACCAACUUCUUCCAGUCUCUCCAGCUUGUGCUCUCUCCCAAAGGAACCACCAUUAACACCUCAACACCAUCAAAAGAACUUUGUAAGCAAUCAACCCCUUCCACUCUCUCUCUCUCUCUCUCUCUCUCUCUCUCUCUCUCUCUGCAAAAGAAAAUCGAUGCCCUAAACUGUUCUCUGCGGGGAGAGGGAGAGGCAAGCAAGCUAGCAAUGAUAUAAAUGGAGGCAGUAGCUGAGGCCAUAACAAAGGAGGUCAUCAAGCUCAAGUCCAAGGUAUCAAUGAGGUGGAAGAGUCGACUCAACGACGCAACUUAUCAUCAAACCCUACUCCUAUAGAUCGCCAGAUAUAUACGAAGAGCGCUUCCUUUCCUUCUUCGGCAAUCAAAUCGAGUACUACAUCAAGAGACACGCCCUUUUUUCUUCCUUAGUAUUAGAUGAGAUUGAUAUAGAGCAUAUACGAGAGAUGAUGGCAAGUUAUACGCCGCAUAAUUACCGGUCACAGUUCGGGGACACGACCCUCACAAAAGUGUUUGUUGGGGGGCUCGCGUGGGAGACGCCUACCGUGGAGAUGCGCAGGUACUUUGAGCAGUUUGGGGACAUCCUCGAGGCCGUUAUCAUCACCGACAAGGCCACCGGAAAAUCCAAAGGCUAUGGCUUCGUGACUUUCCGCGACCCAGAGUCCGCUAGGAGGGCUUGCAUCGAGCGAAACCCGGUUAUUGAUGGCCGGAAAGCAAACUGUAACAUUGCUUCGCAAGGCCGCCCUCGGCGUUCGCCUCCACGAGGACGGAGCCAAGGUGGAAGUAGUCCAUAUCAAGGAGGAGCGGGAGGCUCUCCAGCAGCGCCACCGUAUGGCGGAGGGCCGCCACAGUCACUGGCUACGACAGCGCCGCAUCCUCCAGCGAUCAUGUACCCGCCUUACGGGUACCAGACCUACGCUCCCGACUACGGGUACCCCCAACAGGCACUUUACAACCCGCUUCAACAGCCACAAUACUACCACCAGCAAAUGUACGGACCGUCGCCGCCGUCGCCGUCAUCACCAUACUACUACGGAGCAUAUUCACUGCAAGGGCACAGCCCCAGGGGAACAUAUCCCAUGCACCCGGCCCACCGUAUGCCUGGUCCUCCUUACCUCUACUAUCCUACGCCGCCUGCAAUGGAGGGCGCAUUCUCCUCUUAUCCUACGCCCCUUUCCCCUCAACCCCCACUCCUCAGGCAUCCCUUCUCUCCCUCAGAUUCACAGAGGACUCCACAGCCAGCAACUUCCUCGGAGACAGAGACUGGAAUUGCCACUUCUGAAGGCCCAAACAAUACCUAAGACACUGCCCUCGGGGAAGAAAAGAAAUGGAAAGCACAAAAGCCAAUUGCAGAAAGGUCCCUCAUCUUUCUCAAUAUUCUUCAGAUUACCCCAACCAUGUACACAUUUUUUCUUCUGGGUCCAGUGGAGAGGCAUAUGUACCGUACGUGUUUCCAUCGUUCGAGAUCUGGCAAGAGGGGACCAGCUGAACAUGAACUGAUCAAUCACCGGAUUUUUUUUUCUUUUUUGCCCAUUGAUCACUUUUUUCCCUUCAUUUUCCGAGAAAAUAAUUAUUCCAUUAUUUUUUGACAUAAAAAAAGUUUAUAUAUAUAUAUAUUAGGCUGUCAUUAUUCAUAUUUGUGACUCUACCUGAUGAUGCUUAACCAUUUUCUUUUCACAGUUUUACAUAUGCUUAGAAAAAAAGACCAAAAAAAAAUUCAUAUUAUUUAUUCAUAAUGUUUUUGCCCUGGACUUUACCUUCACCUUCA